AUGUAUACUCGAAAAGUUCAUAGGUUUUCUCGUAUCUUCUCCAAGUCUUACAACUCCCUUCCCAAGGUUGGGCCAAACUCUAAAGAGAGGAAAUAUUUGCUUUCAUAUUUCUCUUACAUCAUGACUUUAGUUAAUUUUGGUGCAUCCAAGACAAGAAAUCUUGAAUCAGUUAUUGCCAAUUUUAAAUACAAAAAACGUGUCAUGUGUAACAUGUUGAAAGAUAAAAUUAUUGAUGAAGAUCAUGCCUCAAGAAGAAGCAAUAAAAUAUCUGAAAAUUUGGAAGAAGUCAAAAUUAAUGAUCAAUUUUCUCCACACAAACUCAUUGAUGAUUCUUGCUUUAUUUCUCUUGAGUUGAAUGAUUUUUUUGAAUCAUGUAUCCCAAAGUUAGUAAAAGGGUGCAAGAGGGUCUUACUUUAUAGUACAUUGAAACAUGGAACUUCACUUCGUACACUGAUUCGCAAGAGUGCUCAACUUACUACCCCUGGUUUGCUGGUUGUUGGAGACAUGCAAGGUGCUGUGUUUGGUGCUUUGCUCGACUGCCCCUUAAUUCCAACAACAAGGCCCAAAUAUCAAGGGACACACCAAACUUUUGUAUUUACAAACGUAGAUGGUCAUCCAAGGAUUUUUCGGCCUACUGGUGCGAAUCGUUACUACUACUUGUGUUCAAAUGACUCACUUGCACUUGGUGGUGGUGGAGGUGGUGGUUUUGCUUUAUACUUAGAUGGAGAUUUGUUAACCGGAACUAGUGGACCAAGUGAUACAUUUGGAAACCAAUGUCUAGCUCAUACUCCUGAGUUUGAAUUAAAAAAUGUUGAGUUGUGGGGUUUUACACAUGCUUCCUCUUAA